AUAGGUGCAGGUGGGUAACUUCCAGAGGAUCAUAGCCAAGGUGCAGCUGGGGGGUAGUGAGCUGGCCAUUGUGGUGUCCAUCGUGGUGUGCUGCGUCCUGCUGCUGCUGUGCACUGUGGCUCUGGUGGUGUACUGUACUAAGAGCAGAAGGGCGGAGCGCUACUGGCAGAAGACUCUGCUGCAGAUGGAGGAGAUGGAGUCCCAGAUCAGAGAGGAGAUCCGCAAAGGCUUUGCAGAGCUGCAGACAGAUAUGACAGACCUGACGAAGGAGCUGAACAGUAGCCAGGGAAUCCCCUUCCUGGAGUACAAACAGUUUGUCACACGCACUUUCUURCCCAAGAUGUGUUCAGACUAUGAGAGGAGUCUGGUCCAGCCCGUCUAUGAGAACAACGCCCUCGGUCCACGAGCCCUCCCUGAGACACACCCCCUUCUGCAGGACUGGCAGCCCUCUAACACAGCCAAGCCUAACAUUGAAGAGGGCAUAACUCUCUUCUCCACUCUUCUCAACAACAAGCACUUCCUGGUUACCUUCGUCCACGCGCUGGAGCAACAGAAGGACUUUGCCGUACGCGACAGGUGUAGCCUGGCGUCCUUGCUCACUAUCGCCCUCCAUGGUAAACUGGAGUACUACACCAGCAUUAUGAAGGAUCUGCUGGUGGACCUGAUCGACGCCUCGGCCGCCAAGAACCCCAAGCUGAUGCUGCGACGCACAGAGUCUGUGGUGGAGAAGAUGCUCACCAACUGGAUGUCUAUCUGCAUGUACAGCUACCUCAAGGAGACAGUGGGCGAGCCCUUCUUCCUGCUACUGUGUGCCAUCAAGCAGCAGAUCAACAAGGGUUCUAUAGARGCCAUCACAGGGAAGGCCCGGUACACCCUCAACGAGGAGUGGCUGCUCAGAGAGAACAUCGAGGCCAAGCCACAGAACAUCAACGUCUCGUUCCAGGGCUGUGGGAUGGACUCUCUGGUCGUGAGGGUGAUGAACACAGACACCAUCUGCCAGGUGAAGGAUAAGAUUCUAGAUGCCUUCUAUAAGAACCUGCCCUUCUCGCAGUGGCCAAUGGCAGAGGACGUAGACCUGGAAUGGUUUGCGUCCGGUAGUAACAGCAGGAUCCUCCAGGACCUGGAUAACACUUCAGUGAUGGAGGAUGGCAGGAAGAAACUCAACACAGUCUCGCAUUACCAGAUCCCAGAGGGGGCGUCGUUCGCCAUGAGCAUGAAAGACAAGAGAGACAACACCCUGGGGAGAGCCAAAGACUUGGACACAGAGAAAUACAUCCAUUUGGUCCUGCCUCAUGAUGAGCUGUUUGAGAAUAAGAGGUCCCACAGACAGAGUCACCGUAAGAAGGUCCUCCCUGAGAUCUACCUGACACGCCUCCUCUCCACCAAGGGAACAUUGCAGAAGUUCCUGGACGACCUUUUCCAGGCCAUCCUCAGUAUUCCCGCAGAGCGUCCCCCACUGGCCAUCAAAUACUUCUUUGACUUCCUGGAGGAGCAGGCGGACAAGAGGGGCAUCACCGACCCCGACACCCUGCACAUCUGGAAGACCAACAGUUUACCUUUGCGUUUCUGGGUGAACAUCCUGAAGAACCCUCAGUUUGUGUUUGACAUUGAUAAGACAGAUCACAUGGAUGCAUGUCUGUCUGUCAUCGCCCAGGCCUUCAUAGACGCCUGCUCCAUUUCAGACCUGCAGCUGGGCAAGGACUCUCCCACCAACAAGCUGCUGUAUGCCAAGGAGAUCCCAGAGUACAAGAAGAGGGUGCAGUGCUACUACAAGCAGAUCCAGGAGAUGGCGCCACUGAGCGAGCAGGAGAUGAACGCCCACUUGGCCGAGGAGUCACGGAAAUACAGAAACGAGUUCAAUACCAACCUGGCCUUGACGGAGAUCUACAAAUACGCCAAGAAAUACAGAAACCAGGUGGUGAGUGCUCUCGAGUCCAACCCCACAGCGAAGCGUACUCAGCUGCACCACAAGUUUGAGCAGGUCAUUGCUCUGGUGGAGGACAACAUCUAUGAGUGCAGCAGUGAGGCCUGAGUCUCCCGCCACCCAGAUUCCAGCCUAUUCCUCCUGGCUGCCUCCACCCUACCCGGGAUCCAAGGACCUAGGAAACCCCCUGUCUGUCUACCCUCCACAUAUCCCUUCUCUUUAUAGAGCCCAAAGACAGAAAGGAACUCUUUGCUUUAACUUCUUACGGCUGAGAUCGGCUGAGAUCCCGUUAACGGGAUCGACUUGACAACAGCCAGUGAAAGUGCAGG